UUUAAAAGCAAUCUCUGAAUCACUUCAACUUAGGUAAAUAGAUCGUAUUCAAUUAGUAUUAGGGACUUAGGGCUAAUCUUUUUCGUUUUAGCCUUAGCGCAAGAUCAUUUAUGAAUAGUCCACUGACAAUUCAGCGGAGAUAUUGGAUUAUUAAAUUAUUGGUUAUUAUUGGCAUAAUAUCAUAUAUUGGUAUGUUCAAGUUGAAAGCAAACUCCGUUGACUGUACUAACUAUUGUAUUUUUUAAUUACAGUGCUUGCUACAUUAGAGUUCUGUUGACUUUUAAGGUUUCACGUAUGGAUUAGCUACAAAAUGUAUCUUCCAUUAUAAUUCUCAGCCUUGUGACACUGACACUUGUCACGUGUACUUGUUGACUUGUAUUAUUGUAUGUAUUUUAUAUUUAUAUGAAUAUGAUAUAUCACAUUCAUAUGUAAAUGUUACUUUGUCUUGUGUCUAGGCCUAGGUAUGAUUAUUGAUUAUGAACUCAGAAACUACAUGAAAUUCCCAGUGGUACAGGCACAGGUAGGAUGAGUUCUUCAUCUUCAUACUUCAUUCUUCACCAGUUAUUAGUAUAGGCUAUCAAUUAUAUUCAAUUCAAUGUAUCAACAAUUAAAAUGCAACAUUACUAUCCACAUCAACCAUCACUAUCAGAAUUGACUGUAUUCACUCAUAUUUGCAACUGCAAAGUUAAUUUAAUACCUAUACGCCAAAAUGUUGUCAGUUAACGUGGCUUAACUAAGUGUAAAAGAAGUAGGUAUACAUGCAUGACCACAGAGAGAAUUAUUAAGUGCUGGAACAAGAUUAAAAAGAGGCCCUCUCACCUACACAUGGACAAUAAAUCAAUAAUAUCAUAUUUGGCCCUCCUCAGAAUGGUGGUCCCAAGGUAAAAAUAGAAUACUUUUCGUUAGAAAAUGUCAGGCUACCAACCUAAUAACCUGUGACAUAUUUGUUUAUGUCUAAUGCUCUAUUUAAAUUUAUUUUAUUUUUUAUGAAGAUCUUCAUCAGCAUCUUGAUCAUUAUCAUCUCCUGAAAGAAAUAACAAUAUUUUUGUUUGUUUAAAGAAGAAGAAAAAUGCAAGAGAGAUUUUUUUUUUAAAUUGCCUCUGUUGAAUUGCUUAUUGGUGUUAGAGGUUUUUCAGCAAGCCACACUAACCAUAAGUUUUUAGAAUUUUUCCUGACAAAACAUUAUUUGAAAUAUGGUAUUGUUUAUUAUAUAUUAUUACAAGCAAUAAUUAGUCUGCAAACAAAAUUUGAAGUAAAAAAUGAUGUCCCCAAUUAUUGGCGGAUAUUAGGCUGGUAGCCGGACAUUUUCUAAUGAAAAUGUAUUCAAUUUUUAAUUUGGGACCGCCGUUCUAAGGAGUGCCUCAUAUUUUAUUAAUUACAUUCAAACAUCCUUGCAAACAUAUUAAAAAGAGUACAGGUAAUUAUGUAAAAGAUUAUAAAAAGCCAUACAACACAGUAGUAUAUAAACAUGAAUGAAACAAUAUACAUAAGUAAUGUAUUGAUUACAAGCUUAUAAUAGUUAUAGUUGAGAUGAAAUGGGAUUAAUAUUCUUCUAAACAAAGGUGCUUUUAUAGCCUUUUUCCCGGCAAAAUUUUCACUCACAUCAUCAAAAUCAAUAGUUUUUUGCAAGAUCAGGCUUAAUACUAAGUCUUGCCAAAUCUUUGUCUUUAAGUUCAUCUUGAGGAAUUGAUAGCCAGAGGUAGCUGAACUUCAGAAAAUUUUCUUUGCAGCACUGAAACAAACGGUGAGACCACCAAUAACAUUAUCCAAUAUUACAUAGAGGACUUUCCGAAGUAUGCUUCCUCAGGGGAUUCAUCCAUUUCGUCUUCUUUAGACAAAUCUGCUUCUCUUGUACCACCUUCGUCAUUGAAUUUCUUUCUUUUGCAUUUUGCUUCACCAAAAGUUCCAGAGAGUUUCACUUAUUUACACAAAUUAGAAGAAACUUCCUUAGCUUCACUUCACAUACUUUACUAGGUAUGCCGAAGGUUUGUCAGUUCUAAAAUCAAGCUUUUUAAGUUAGACACUUCGACUAAACCAUUGCAUUUCUCGACUGAAUAUUGUUACAGGUGUCAACUGGAACUAACUCUCUAUACCAUACUAAAGAAAUUAUCACAUAAAUGAAAAAUUUGACAUAAGAAAAAGCUUCAUUUAUCUCUGUUCUUGUUUUGGCAGUUAGGUGUUCAACUCCAAGAGGUUUUCAACUGCUAAUUUGAUGCCUAUCAGGUGGGCUAUAUACUUUUAACACGGUUUGACCAUCAUGCUGUGAAGAGAAUAGCCAUAAACUUCUGCAAGAUUUCUUAUCCCUGGGUACUAACACUAAACAAUUUGUAAACAGUUUGCACAGGAAUGCAUUCUGCAGUAUCAUUUCCAUACAAAUUAAGUUUGUGGCAUCCACGUGGUAAAAAUAAAGCUGCUUCUCUUUGCUCCAGUAUUCUUGCUUGGGCACCUCUAUAUUUUCCUGCUAUGUUGGCUGCUUUGUCAUAUCCCUGUGCACGACAACCGACAGUGGAAUAUCAGGUUCUUUCAAUAUUUUUACUAACAUCUGUGCUAUUUCAUACCUUGUUUUAUGGCUUGUGUCGACAAACUGUAAAAAUCAUUCUACAAUUUCAUACUGGUUUUCAUGUGGCAUCAAAAAUGCAAAAGAGAUGUUGUUUUUUCAAUAGAGCAAGGGUCUCCAAACUACAGCCCGCAGGCCAGAUGAAGCCCGCGAGGCCCUCUCAUCCGGUCCAUGGAGACCUUUUGUCUACGGAAAAAAAUUAUAGAAAUUUACAUGUAUCCUGCCAAGAUCAGCCGCCGCUUACCGGGAUUUUAUGUUUUUACCAAAUUAAAAUAGAGGCACACUGAAUCCUGUGGUAACGAUGGUUAAUUUAAUAAGGUCAAAUGGGCUCUACCAUACAGUCCAGAGACUUGUUGAAAAAUACAGACACAGAAUCACAAGAUUUAGCAUAUUACACAGUAGUAAGGAAAAAAAAGAUUACUAAGUUGUGAGAAAGUCCUGAGCAGAGUAUUUAAGUUAAGAAAGGCAAUAGUUGACUUCCUGGAAAGUAAAGGCAAGCCACAACCAUUACUGCCUGAUGAAGAGUGGGUAUGGAAAUUGGCCUUUGCUGCAGACAUAACUAGUCAUUUAAAUUUUCUGAACCUAAAAUUACAAGGAGAGGAAAAUAUAGUUUCUGAUCUAUACACUCACCUAAAGGCCUUCAGAUCCAAACUCGUCUUCUUUUUGGAACAAGUACAGGCCAACAACUUGACGCACUUUCAACAGUGCAAGGUCUUCAUGGCUGAAGCUCAGCGGAGUUCCCCAUGUCAUUUGCGUGCAAGAUCAUCGAAGACCUCCAGCUGCAGUUUCAGCAGCAGUUUUCUGACUUGGAUUCAAAGGCAGAAGAUAUGAGACUGUUUCAAAACCCAUUUGACGCAGAUGUGGCCAGUUGCCCAGAUAAACAGCAGCUGGAGGUCAUUGAGUUGCAAGCAAAUGACCUCCUUAGUGACAAGUUCCAAGGACUGGUGGGUUUUUACUAGUUAUUUGCCCAAGGAAAACUUUCCUCCUGUCAAAACUUUUGCAUCAAGGUACCUUUCAAUCUCUUCAACAACAUACCAGUGUGAACAAGCGUUUUCAAGAAUGAAAUAUGUGAAGAACAAUUCGAGAACAAACUUGUCCGAUGAUAAUCUCAGGUCACUGUUGAUGUUAGGGACAUCAAAUCUGAAGUCAGAAAUGUCUGCUAUUUUGGCAUCCAUGAAACAAUUUCACAAUUCUCACUAAUACAGGUGUUCAUUUGUAAUAUAUCAAUGUGUUAUUAAAUUAUAACUGAAUAAAAUAAUAUUAAAUAAAUCAUUAAAAACAACAUCCAUGUUUUGAUUCUUUUUUAUUUGGACCUUGAGUGUGCAGUUGGCCCUUGAACUGCUGUUUGAUAGUUAAUGUGGCCCUGGGCUGAAAAGUUUGGAGACCCAUCCCUGCAAUAGAGGAUGAAUCUAGUGUGGAAUCAACAGUAACAGCAAAGCACUUUGCAAUUUUCCUGUCCUCCACAAUGUUUUGUUUUACAAGUGAGGAACAUUUAGCAAGUAACUCGUUUUGGUAAUCAGCACUGAGAUAAUAUACUUGAAGUCAUUUUCCUUUUUCUUGCAACUCAUGUUCUUUUAUAAUUGGAUCCCAAUGAGACAACAACUCUAUGACUCCCAGGAAAUUUCCAUUCUCUUUUUCACUAAUGCGCUGGGAACUGCCACUCAAGCAAGUCCCCGUUUACCAAGGAAUAGUACAACAUCAAUUAUUCAUUUCAUAAUGUUGCAUCACUUGACAGACCAAGGAAUAGUACAACAUCAAUUAUUCAUUUCAUAAUGUUGCAUCACUUGACAGAUUCUGUUUCCAUUGAUGCCUCCAAUAGACUUUCAAUGCCUUUGCCAGUUCACGCCUGCCUGUAACUAUUGCUUCUCUCAUUUUUGCCAUUUUUAGCUUCUGACCAUCUUUCUGUUGAUGCAAGCAUAACCUUAGAGGGUAAGCUAAUGCUUGUUUAACUUAAUACCAGACAAGCCAAUCUCUGUAAUGUUUUUCAACAUUUAAACUUCUAAAUGCUAGAAUACUUUUGGGAAAAACCUGGUUAUCUAUAUUUUUGUAAACUAUUUUAAGAAAGCCAGUAUGACCUUUAAUUUUAAUAACCAGGCUGUUAGUGUCAAACAAGGCUGCAAGACGGUUUAGCUAUACACACAAAGUACAGAAUAUGAAGUAUAUAAGAAUUAUUGUUUUCUCUUUAAAAAUUUGGUUUUGAAAACAAUUUUUUUAAUUUAUGGGCCCCUUUGAGCUCCAUAGGCCCUGGUACAAUGGAGGACAUGUCAUUCAAAAGUGACUCUGUGCCACCAGUUUUUUUAAGGAAACGUUAUCAUUAUUGGUUACCCGUAAUAACAAACAAGUUGAGGCCACUGCUGCAUCCAGGUAGUUAAGUCUUAUGUGAACAAAUGUUUAAAACUUUUCUGUAAAGUCAACUUUUCAUUUAAAGUGAUUUACAAAAUGUAUGAAAAUUCUCUAUUAUUAUAGAGAAAUGUGGCCAAGCCAAGAUUCAGCUCUUAGCAGUUAUAAUACCUCAUCUUUCAAACAAGAUUCACAAUGCUCUGAUUUCUCUCAUAUCAAUACCCAAGAUGUUUUUUCUCAAAACAAUUCAGGACCCCAAAAUGAGGUGACUUAUUUUUCAUUUUUAAUCAGCAAUAACUGAAUAAUUUAAUUUUGAUUCUUCCCCUCCCCCUUACUUAUUUUGAGAGCUCAAAAGCUAAUUAUAAAUAAUAAUAUAAAUUAGUUUCAAUAAUAUAACCUAGUUAAGUUGUAAUUUUUGCAAGAACUUUAAAUUGCUUUUAUCUAAGUCUGACAAUUUAAUGAUCAUAAAAAUACAAGUAAAGUUCAUAAUAAUUUAAAUCCCUUUAUAAGUCAAAUUCAAAUAUAUUUUUUUAAUAGCGAUUAUAUGAAAUGUUCAAAUUAUAUUUAUUAACUUUGAAAUUUGAAAAUGUUUGUUUAGGUGUCGCAACAAAGUUACAAGAAAAUGAGCAUGUAUGAAAAGUGGUUAAACAAAAGAUCACUGUUUAAGCGAGAGGCUCUAGCAUCUAGCAGUUUUGAAACAAAAUCAAAUAUAUCCGGCAAAGAAUUAGCGGGCGAUGCAAGCAGUGCAACUUACAAAAGUUCAAAUGGUGGGUAUCCCAACAGACCUACAAUGUUAGCAGAUACAUUCAGU